AUGGCUGCGAACGUGGCGGCUGCGGCUCCACGCGGGCGGCUGGGCCGGUGCCUGCAGACCCUCGAGGCCGCCGCCGCCCGGCCGGAGCGCUUCCUCAGCACUCAGGAGGGACUCGCUGCCGACCUCAACUUGCUAACAAAAACGCUGUACGACUUCCACAAAGCGCUCGGGCCUGAGACAGUUCCUGGGAGCCCUUUAAAAGAACUGGUGAUAGACAACUUUGAUGAAGAACAGAUCUGGCAGCAGCUAGAACUCCAGAAUAACGCGGUCCUGAGCUACUUCAAGGCAGCGGUCGCUAGAAACGUUGCUGAGGAGGACCUCUGCCUUCUCCCAGAACCAGAAGAGGAGGAUAAUCUCACAGACGACAAUGAGCAAGAGACAGACGAUGAAGUCCAGAUGGAAGGCCUCGACAGCGAUCCUCUGGAGGAAGAGGAAAGUGACCAUGAAGAAAAGAGAAGUCAACUCGGAGCGAGGGUGGACCCCACAUUUAGUGAUGAGGAUUCAGAUAUUGACUUUGACAUCGACAAGUUGGAGCGACAGACCCGUCCAUCAAAGACUGCCGUGAAAAGAACAGGCGAAAAGUCCGUAGUGGAUGACAGGUUCUUCAGACUGGCCGAGAUGGAGGCAGUUCUGGGUGCGGUGGAGAAAAAAGAAAGCCAGGAGAAGGACAGCGAUGACGACGACGGAGAGGAAAUCGAUUAUUUUGAGGACGUUCUUUCGGAAGAUGACGACGACGAGGAGGAUGUGGAAUUUGGGAAAGCUACAAUGAAGCUGCCUAAAAGCGCUCGCGAUCUCAAAUAUCGGGAUUAUUUUGACCCCGUCGACAAUUGUGAAGAUUUCACAAGUGACCACCAAGGCGGUGAAGAUGACGGCAGCCAGAGUAAGGGGGAAGAAUGCGACACAGAAGAGGAAGAUAGUGAAGGAGCAGUCGUCAGGCAAGUGGCUGGCGAAAUUGAUGAAAUCCAACAGCCGCAGGCGAACAAAACGAAGAAAGGGGCUUCUAAGAGGGUGACGUUCACCUUGCCGUAUGACAGCGACGCAGAAGACGAACCAGAUGCGUCAGAGGGAAAGACGAGCCGUUCUCCUGAAACAAAGUCCUCCUUUGAGAAAAGGCAGGAAAAGCUGAGUGAGAAAAUUAAACUGCUCGAAGAGGAGCUACUGAGGGAGAAGUCCUGGCAGCUGAAGGGAGAGGUGACCGGACAGAAGCGGCCCGAAAACAGCCUUCUGGAGGAGACGCUGCUCUUCGACCAUGCGGUCAAAAUGGCUCCUGUCAUCACAGAGGAGACGACGAUGGAGCUUGAAGAGAUAAUCAAGAGGAGGAUAAAAGAUCAGGCCUGGGACGACGUCGUACGGAAAGAAAAGCCAAAAGAGGAUCCCUACGAGUACAAAAAGCGUCUGACUCUGGAUCACGAGAAAAGCAAAUUAAGCCUCACCGAAAUUUAUGAGCAAGAAUAUUUGAAACUUAACCAGAAAAAAACUGAAGAGGAAGAAAAACCCGAACAUAUAGAAAUUCAGAAAGCGAUGGACGCUCUUUUUCUCAAGCUGGAUGCCCUUUCCAAUUUCCACUUCACACCUAAGCCGCCCGUGCCAGAGGUAAAAAUAGUCUCCAAUCUCCCAGCAAUAAGCAUGGAGGAAGUUGCUCCGGUUAGUGUCAGCGAUGCUGCGCUCCUGGCUCCGGAGGAGAUCAAGGAGAAGCCCAAAGGCGGAGACGUGAAAACGGAUGCCGAGAAGACCUCCACAGACAAGAAGCGGGAGCGGAGGAAAAAGAAGGUUUUGAAGCGUAUCAAGCUGAAGGAGAAGGAGAAGCGGCAGAAACUCCUGGAGAAGAAGUCAGAACAAAACCCCAAGCUGAAGAAACAAGUUUCUGCCGAGCAGCUGAAGAAGCUCACCAAGGCAGGCGGGACAUCUCUGCUCAAGGAUGACGGCAAAGAGAAGGCUUUGAAGUCCUCCCGGGCUUUCUUCUCUCAGUUGCAAGAUCAAGUGAAAAUGCAAAUUCAAGGCACAAAGAAAAGCCAGAGGAAACUGAAGGAACGAAAACUCACUGCCCAAAAGCUGAAGCUAUAAGAUAU